AUGUUUACAUCCAGCAGCGGUGUGCUGGCUGGAUCCCCCACCGACAGUAACAACAACGACUCAGCGGCCUGACGGGCCGGAACCGCGCUCAGACGGACGGUUCCAGCCGGACUUCUCCUUCAGGAUGGGCGGAGCUGUGAGCGCCGGCGAGGACAACGACGACCUGAUUGACAACCUGAAGGAGGCGUACUACAUCCGCUCGUACCUGGUGGAGCGAGCCUUCAGAGCCAUCGACCGGGCCGACUAUUACCUGGACGAGUACCGGGACAACGCUUACAAGGACCUGGCUUGGCGCCAUGGAAACAUCCACCUGUCGGCUCCGUGUAUCUACUCCGAGGUGAUGGAGGCUUUGGAUCUCCACCCGGGUCUCUCCUUCCUCAACCUGGGAAGUGGGACCGGGUACCUCAGCACCAUGGUCGGACUCAUUCUGGGACCUUUUGGCGUGAACCACGGCGUAGAACUGCACACGGACGUGAUCGAGUACGCCUACCAGAAGUUAGACUCCUUCAUCAAAACCAGCGACAGUUUUGACAAGUUUGAGUUCUGCGAGCCGUCCUUCGUGGUGGGAAACUGCCUGGAGAUCCCUCCAGAGAGCCGUCACUACGACAGGGUCUACUGUGGAGCCGGCGUGCAGAAAGAACACGAGGACCACAUGAAGAACCUGCUGAAGGUGGGGGGCAUCCUGGUGAUGCCGCUGGAAGAAAAGCUGACGAAGAUCACCCGCACUGGAGUGACCACCUGGGAGACCAAAAAGAUCAUCUCUGUGUCCUUCGCCCCUCUGGUUCUGCCCAAACACAACACGAAUGGCAAACCCAAGGCGGUCCCGCUGCCCAAGUACGAGGUCCGGACGUUACAGGAGCUGGCCCGGAUCUGCAUCCGCCACACCCUGAGAGUGACCUCCGACGGAGGGGACAGCCAAACACGCGGCCGCGGCUCCUCCUUCAGCGUGGGCAGAGGGCUGGCAGCAGCGGGGCUCCAUAAGUACGGCCCUCGCUUUAAACGUCGGCGGGUCCACCAGCACCACUGCAACGCCCUGGUGCUGGCCACCCGACAGGUGGUGGCGAGCAGCGGGAUCGGCCCCGCCCCCCUGGACAGCAACAACAACCAGGAGGGGCAGGUGGAGGACGAGGAGAUGGCUGGAGAGGCGAGGCGGCCCAUGAGGGCAAGCAGGCGGUCGGCGAGAAGGGGGCUGGCGGAGGAGGAGACGGUGGAGGAGGAGGACGAAGAGGAAAGGCGGGAGGAGGAUGAAGAGGAGGAGGAGGAGAAGGAAACGGGCGAGCUGCUCCGCCCCCAGCCGGCCGUCAACCUGCUGAGGGAGCGGAUCCUGAGCCUGCCGUUGCCUGAGCCUCUGAAGAUGUACCUGCUAUUCUACAGAGAGAAAUGAGACUGGCUGGAACUGCGGCCGAGUCCAGAGCAGAAACCCUGCAGGUCCCGAAGCCUCAGAACCAAUCCAAAUACACCCCCCACCCCCCCAAACACACACACACAAACAAGAAUGGUCGAAGUUCCUCACCGACACCCAGCUUCUCCAUGGCUUCUCUUCUCGCCUCAUCAUCCUCUCCAUCAUCGUCCUCCUUCCACUCCACUGCUCUUUAUUUGUUUUCUGAUGCCGUAAAGAGUCGGUUUGUCCGUUUUCCCCCUGAAGGGGGGAGCGGGGUGGGGGGACUCACAACUCCAACCGUGUUUUGAUCAGGUUUGUGCAGAAAUACAGGAAGUAGAACAGUUUAUAGAUUGUCUCCAGAUAACCAUCAACGAUCCAGCGUUGAAUGAGCAGCAGAACGAUCUGCUCGAGUUGAAGUCAAAGGUUGGACGUUGCAGCCAAAGACAAAGCAGGGGGGCUUUUUGCCCCCCACCUCCCAAGAGGCAUUUGUCUGAUCAUCACCACAGUCCAAGGAAACGCUGACGGUGUCUUGAGUUGUUUCACCGUCCAACGGGGACAGGGUUUGCCAGUUUCACAGGAAGUCGGUGCAGAAAAGGGAGAUAAUUUCCAAACCAACCCUCUGCCUCGGUCCGUUUGGGGAUUUAGCAGGUAAUUCGGUUUGUUUUCACCUGUUUUGUCAGCUUUGGAUCUUUGUGACGAUUUUUAAGAAUUGAAGUUGUUCAGGUUCAAACAAACUUGUUACCUUGUAAACAAUCGGCUCUUCUGAGGCCGAAGGCAGGUUUGAAACGUUUGCAGGAGACUACUGAAGCUUGAAUUUUACUUUCCUUUUUUUUAAUGCACACUUUUUUUGUUGAGGUCCAAUCCAUCUCUUUGGAGAUGCAGCCAACUUUAAAGUCCUUACAUCCACAUCCCAAAAAACUCUUCAGUCCAGAAGAGCGUGACCAUAAGGCCCCCUUCGCUCAGGAUUUCCACUUGUGGCUGGAAAACCUCCUUCAGUGUGAAGCUAUUCAGCUUCUACACUUUCUUUCUUGCCGCGACU